AAUUACGCAGUUGGAGAGUUUUUACGCACAACAGAAACUGCGGUUUUUAAUCUGAAGAAGCGAAUUAAAGGAGGAAUCUUUUGGGGGCAUACACGCGGCGACUCUGGCGCACCUGUUAGAGAGGCACGAGCACAGGUGAGGAGCUGGCCUCUGUGGUUUCAUACAUGGACUUUUAGUUUGCGCGGAGGACAGCAACAACAUGAGCAAGACGAAGACCAAAAGCGACAAUAAGACGGAAAAAGCUUUGGCCGCGGAGAAAGAGCAGUUUAAUAAACAACAGCUUCACAACAUCAGCAAAACCCUCAUCUCCGGUGAAACACCACUCAAAGAGAAAUAUGUGCGCAAUAUCAUCAUGGGAACACAUAAGGAGGGUGGAGCGUCCACCUUCUGGUCCUACACCCUCAACCUUCCUCUGUCCAGCAACUCCAUGAUCAGCUGGAAGUUCUGCUAUCUGCUGCACAAAGUGCUCAGGGAUGGGCACAGAAAUGCUGUUAGAGAUUCUCACAGAUACUGCCGCAACGUCAAAGAUAUGGGCAUUCUCUGGGGAAACUUGCAUGAUCGCUACGGACACAUUGUUGCCUUGUCUGCCAAGUUCCUCUGCCUCAAAAUGGAAUUUCAUGCAAAGCACAAGGUGAUUCCAGCCAACCUGGAGGCCAGUGAUGAGACUUUCGAUAGGGAAUCAGGAAACGAUGUGACCAAAGUGUUAGAUAUAACCCAGGAAUUGAUGGAUUACUGGGAUGCUGGGCUGAAGAUGGAGGAGACAGUUCUGCGUCAGCUGGAUGCCAAUGGCGCCAAAUCUACAACUCCAGCUGGACAGUGCAGACUGACUCCGCUGAUUCCUCUCAUCCUGGACUGCAGCCUCCUCUACCACUUCUCUGUCCUGUCGAUGUUCAAACUCCACAGCCGGAUUGCUCCAGAUGUUCUUCUUGGUCAUCGAGAGCGGUUCCGCGAUCUAUUUAACAGCCUCACACAGUUCUUCGACAGAGCUAGAGAAACCGAGUUCUUUAAAACUAUCAUCCAGAUCCCAGAUCUCCCCGAUGAACCCCCGAACUUCCUCCGUGCCUCUGCCUUGGCAGAAUAUAAAAAGCCGGUGGUAGUGAUGCCUAACGAGGAGCGGCAUAACGAAGAGGAAGUGGAGGUACAACCAGAGUUGAGGGAAGCCCCACAGUACUAUAUGCUCAGCCAAAUGGGAGGACCUGAUGCUUCAGCUGAGCAGAGAGAAACCGAGAAUGAGAGUCUGAAGAGAGAGCUGCAGGCGCUCAAACCAGAACUACAGCUCAUCAAGACCGAGGCUCAGAGGUGUUUAACUGAGCUUAAGGCUCAGGUGAAUCGUCUGGAGGCCGAGGUCGAGGAGCAGCGCACCCAAAAACAGAUGGCCAUGAUGGAAAAGGAGCACCUGCGGAUGGAAGUGGAAGCUUUACGGAGCACUAACGUUGCCAAUGUUGGGGCUCAGAUCGGAUUCAAGGAGGCAGACCACAGGGCUCAGGCAGCAGAGCUUCGUUUCGCUCAACUCAAAGAGAGACACGCAGAGCUCAUCACCAGUCACGCUGACUUAAUGAAGAAGAACGCAGAAACAGUGAAGUUGCUGUCGGGUACACAACACGGUCAGGACGAUUUGCUGAAAUACAAACAGCAGCUGGAAAAUGAGCUGGAAAAUCUACGACAGGAGAAAAGAAACCCGACGAGUCAGCAGCAGCAGGAGGUUCAGCGGCUGAACACUGAGCUCCUGGAGCAAAGAGCAGAGCUGGCUCUCCUUCGCAGCACUUUGGACAAUAAAGACAAGGAGGGAUCUCAGGUGAGCAGCAGCCUGACGGCCCUGCAGGCGGAGCGUGAUGUGCUGCUGCGCUCCGCCAGAGAGAAAGACGCGGAGCUCUCCUCGCUGAGGCAACAGGCGCUGCAGCAGCAGGGCUCCCUGGACCUGGAGAGAGAGCGGCUCCAGCGAGAGCUGGAGGCUCUCAGGGCUCAGCUACAGCAGAAGCUUGCCAUCAAUGCAGAGCAGAAGUUGGAGAUCGACAGGCUGAGACGGGAGCUGGACUCGACUCGGGCAGAGCUGAAUCGUGCGAACAGCGCCCUGCAGAGUAAAGAAAUGAGUGGUACCCAGCUGAGCAGUUCAGUGGCAGGGCUGCAGGCGGAGAGGGAGGUGUUGCUGCGCUCGAUGAGGGACCAGGAGGGCGAGCUGAACUCCCUCAGGCAGCAGGCUCAGCUCCACCACAGCUCCCUGGAGCAGGAGAGGCAGAGGAGCAGUGUGGAGCUGGGAAACCUCCACGCUCAGUUACAGCAACAGGCCUGUCGUGAAGCUGAGCUGUCCAAGAAGCUGCAGGACGAGCAGUUCUGCCUGCUGCAGUGUGCUGUGGUGGAGGCUGAGGGCAUCAUCCUGGACGCUGUGGCCAAACUGGACGACCCCAUUCACGUCAGCUGCAUCUGCUCACCUGAUUAUUUGGUGAAUCGAGCUGAUAUCACUCUGAGAUCGAUCGACAAAAUGCAGCAGAGCCACAUCGUCUACCUCGGAAACAGGAACGAUGCCAGUGGUUUGUUGAGAUCGGUCACACAGUUCUCCCACCUCGCUGCUGACACGAUCGUCAACGGAUCAGCAACAUCUCACUCCGCUCCCACCGACCAGGCCGACCGUUUAACUGACAGCUGUCGGGACUGUGCGAAUCACUGCCUUCAGUUCUUGAAGGAUCUGAAGCUUCAGGCCAGUUUACAGAGAGCAGAUCCCUCCGCCGUGCGCUACACUGUCCAACGCAUCCUCGCUCUGGGACAGGAUCUGCGUCCAAAAGGACAGGAUGUGAUGAAAGGGGAGCUGGCGUCCAUGGUGGAUAAAGAGAUGAGCGCUACAUCGACGGCCAUUGAAGAGGCCGUGCUGCGAAUGGACGAGAUCCUGAAUCAGGCAAAGAGAGAGACUUCUGGCAUCAAGCUGGAAGUCAACCAGAGUAUCCUGGGAUCCUGUUCAGACCUGAUGAAGGCUGUUCACAUGCUGGUCACAGCUUCUACUGACCUACAGAAAGACAUAGUGGAAGGAGGCAGGGGGGCAGCGUCUGUUACAGAAUUUUAUGCCAAAAACUCUCGCUGGACAGAAGGACUCAUCUCUGCCUCCAAGGCUGUAGGCUGGGGCGCCACACAGCUGCUAGACUCAGCUGACCGGGUGGUGGGGGAGAAAGGAACUUACGAGGAGCUCAUCGCGUGUUCACAUGAGAUCGCCGCGAGCACAGCUCAGCUAGUUGCUGCCUCGAAGGUUACCUUUCUCACAGCCCGGCUCUUAGACGGGACAAAAACAGGAGACGCACGGGUGAAGGCCGACCGCAGCAACAAGAAGCUGAACACUCUGAAGCAGGCCUCACGGCACGUAAACGACAUGGCUGCUGUGGUCGUCACCUCCACCAAACACGGGCAGCAGCAAAUCUCCGACCAAGGUGUGAUGGACUUCUCUGGCAUGUCUCUGAUCAAACUGAAAACAGAGGAGAUGGAAGUUCAGGUGAAGGUGCUGCAGCUGGAGAGCCAGCUGGAGCAGGAGCGAGUGCGUCUGGGGGAGCUGAGGAAGAGGCACUACAAGCUCGACGCCUCCGGGGACGAAGGCGCUGACGCGGAGGACGGAGCCGAUAGCUUCCCGCCGCCGCCGCCACCUACUCUGCUCGAGUGCGCGCCAGGGCCUCCGUCCUUCUUGCAGACUCAGCCCUACCCGAACACCCAGAGCUACGCAGCAACCAAUCCGUUUGCACCGGCUCAAACACCAACACAGUCCUUCUCAGUGCCUCAGUCGUACACACAAACAAACACCUACACCCCUUCCCAAACAUCCAUCCCAUCCCAGACCUACACCCCUUCCCAAACAUCCAUCCCAUCCCAGACCUACACCCCUUCCCAAACAUCCAUCCCGUCCCAGACCUACACCCCUUCCCAAACAUCUAUCCCAUCUCAAACCUACACCCCUUCCCAAACAUCCAUCCCGUCUCAAACCUACACCCCUUCCCAAACAUCCAUCCCAUCUCAGACCUACACCCCUUCCCAAACAUCCAUCCCAUCCCAGACCUACACCCCUUCCCAAACAUCCAUCCCGUCCCAGACCUACACCCCUUCCCAAACAUCUAUCCCAUCCCAGACCUACACCCCUUCCCAAACAUCUAUCCCAUCCCAGACCUACACCCCUUCCCAAACAUCCAUCCCGUCUCAGACCUACACCCCUUCCCAAACAUCUAUCCCAUCUCAAACCUACACCCCUUCCCAAACAUCCAUCCCGUCUCAAACCUACACCCCUUCCCAAACAUCCAUCCCGUCUCAAACCUACACCCCUUCCCAAACAUCCAUCCCAUCUCAGACCUACACACCCUCCCAGCCUUUCAUCCCAACUCAGCCUUACUCACCACCUCAGUCCUUCACCCCAAACCCAACCCAAACUUACUUAACACCUCAGUCUUACUCGCUGUCAACACCUUCGACGAACCCCUCCAGCCUCUCCCGGCCUCAAUCACCGGCUCUGCCCCGGGCCAGCCCGCAGAACAACACCGAGUCCACCAAACCAGCCUCCAGGAAACCCAAUAUCUUUACCAAAUCUGGAAACUUGCUGAAGAAUGCGUUUAAACGAGGUGAAACUGGAACAGGGGAAUCUUGAAGCCUGCCU